AUGUCUACAUCCAGCGCCCCUGCACCGGCUUCGGCUCCUGCUGUGAAGAGGAAGGCCUUGAGUUUCACCAACCUUGCCCUCGGCGCCGGUCUCACGAUCUUCGAGGCCUCAACGCUUGGCCAACCCUUUGAGGUCGUCAAGACUCACAUGGCUGCCAAUCGCGGCGACAACAUGCUCACGGCCAUCUCAAAGACCUUCAAGCGCGGCGGCAUCCUCGGCUUCUACCAGGGUCUGAUUCCGUGGGCUUGGAUCGAGGGCUCCACUAAAGGCGCUGUCUUGCUGUUUACUGCCAGUGAACUCGAGUACCAGGUUCUAUCGAAAGGAGGAUCUGCCACGGCUGCUGGCAUCAUCGGUGGCAUGGGUGGUGGCAUCGCGCAGGCGUACACCACCAUGGGUUUUUGCACCUUUAUGAAAACGGUCGAGGUAACUCGCAGCAAGGACGUUGGCGUGGCCCGAGAGAUCUUUGCCCGUGAGGGAUUCGCUGGUAUCAACAAAGGCGUAAACGCAGUGGCCCUCCGCCAAUGCACCAACUGGGGCUCGCGCUUCGGCAUCAGUCGGAUUGUCGAGGAUGUGUUCAUGCGAGCCCGCGACGACCGAAGCAAGCCGCUGUCUUCGGCCGAGAAAGUUCUUGCAAGUGCCGUAGGAGGCGCCCUCAGCUGCUGGAAUCAGCCUCUGGAAGUCAUCCGUGUCGAGAUGCAGAGCCAGAUCAAGACCGAAGGGCGCCCAGAGAAGCUGACGAUUGCCACUGCAGCCAAGUGGAUCUACAAGAACAAUGGUCUCAAAGGCUUUUACCGUGGUGUCACCCCCCGUGUCGGUCUCGGCAUCUGGCAAACGGUUUGCAUCGUUUUUGGCGGUGAUCAGCUCAAGGCUUAUGUCGCCUCAUACCAGAAGCAGAAGAAGGCCGCUCAAUAG